GAAACAGGGGGAACGGCUACAGCUCUAGAAUUCAAGCCUUUCGACCAUGGCGGAUGUUGAGACGGAGGUAGCGGCGGCUGGAGUGCCCAAGAAGAGAACAUUCAAGAAGUUUAGCUUCAGAGGUGUUGAUUUGGAUGCUCUCCUUGAUAUGUCCACUGAUGAGCUUGUCAAGCUCUUUCCUGCCCGUGCUCGCAGAAGGUUCCAGAGGGGUCUCAAGAGAAAGCCCAUGGCUUUAAUCAAGAAACUUCGCAAGGCGAAAAGGGAGGCUCCACCAGGUGAGAAGCCAGAACCAGUCAGAACCCACCUCCGAAAUAUGAUCAUCGUACCCGAAAUGAUUGGUAGCAUUAUCGGUGUGUACAAUGGCAAGACAUUCAAUCAGGUUGAGAUCAAGCCCGAAAUGAUCAGCCAUUACCUUGCUGAGUUCUCUAUUUCGUACAAGCCAGUUAAGCACGGUAGACCCGGUAUCGGUGCUACUCAUUCUUCAAGGUUCAUCCCUCUGAAGUGAAGCCCUUUCAUGCUGCUUGGAGCCUCAAUUUGGGGUUUACUAUUUGAGAGUUAAAUUUUGUUUGUUGCACUCUUAGUAAUGAAAAUUUCACACCCUUUUGGUUGCUUCUUUAGAUAAUGAGACUUGACAAUGUUUUAAAGAGUGUUUUGUUUCAUCUAUUAGUUAUGAUAGCUGGAGAUGUCUUUAGAUUUUGUGAUGAA